GCGUACAUUCGGCAGCGUGACAGCGUAGCAACGAAGACGGCAGAGCCAGAGGAAAGCAGGUGUUAAAUGUCAAAAGUAAACAACAAGUAGAUUCCAGAGAGUAAAGAGAACCCGACACGCCGGACGCCGGCUUGCAGAGCGCGGAAAAGACCGAGAAGAAGAAGACGGAGAGCGAACCGUAUAACUAGUCUAGCUGAAUAACAAUGCUCCUGUAUUAUGCAGUUUUCGUACUUGCCGUCGCGGGGUUGGGUCAAUCCAGUGACGAGGAUUGCAAGGGAUGCGUACCCCUCGACUCUCACUCAUUUGAUAAGGUAAUUCCGAAAUUUAAAGUAGCUCUAGUUAAAUUUGACGUGGCUUUUCCCUAUGGUGAAAAACACGAGGAGUUUGCCAAAGUUGCUGCAGCAACAAAAGAUUCUGCAGAUCUUUUGGUAGCAGAAGUUGGCAUCAAAGAUUAUGGGAAAAAAGAAAAUUCCGACUUGGCACAGCGCUAUGGUAUAACUAAAGACGAUUUUCCCGCUGUUCGUUUGUUCUUGCAAGGAAAAUCCGAACCUAUACCAUUUGUUCAGAAAUUAGAUUCUGAUUUUACUGCUGAAAAUUUAAAAAGAUUUAUUAGAGCACGAUCAGAUGUCUAUUUGGGAUUGCCAGGAUGUGUUGAACAGCUCGAUAGGUUGGCGGAAGAAUUUAAAAGUAGUCAGGAUAAGGAGAGACAGGAAAUACUGAGUAAAGCGAAAAUUUUUGAAGAAACAUUGCCCGAAGAACAUCGAAAGGCGGCUCAAGUUUAUGUAAAGACGAUGGAGCGAAUAAUGGAAAGAGGCGAUGUGUUUGUACAGUUGGAACAAUCGAGACUAGAGGGAUUAUUGAAAGGAAAGAUAUCCAAGGACAAGAAACGCAAUAUGGAAGAAAGGCGUAACAUCUUACAAUCAUUCGCACACAGAGAUGAACUUUAAUUUUUUGAUUAAUAAUUGAUUAUUCAUUAAGAGCAUUUAUGAAACUAUUUGAGACUUUAAAGAGCCUUACUUGAAUGAAUCGAACUAUUGAUGAUUCUGCACUGUGAUAAUUCGAACGAACCUCUUCAGCCAAAUUGAAGUCUUGUCUUUGUGAAUAUGUAUGUACAUUCCUAUGAGAACUCCUUAUCAACAGUCAGAAGAUCCAUAAGUUUGUUACUCUUCUCUACGCAUCUUUGUAAACAAAACCAAGUUUCCACAAAAGAUAUUUUGGUCCUCUUUGGCUGUUUCGAACAAUGAGACAUGAAAGUUUCCGUAAUACCCGAUUCCUGUAUGCCAUAUGAGAUGUAAAUUUUCCUAUAAGAGCUCAAGACUGCCAUCAAUUUGUAGAGAUUACAUCAAUCUAAUGG